GUCAUGGACCCCGACGCCCUGCACUGUCUCGAGGUCGUCGGCAGCCUCUUCCGGGCCGCCGGGGACCUCGGCGAGGCCGAGCGGUGCCACAGGGUGGCGCUGAGCGGCCGCGCGCGCCUCCUCGGCGGGCGCCACCCCUCGGUCUGCUCGGCCGCUGUGUCGCUGGCGCGCUCGCUGCGCGCGGCGGGCGAGCUCGACGAAGCGGAGGUGCUGUCGCGGUGCGUGCUGGAGGACAGGCGCGCCACGCUGGGGCCGCAGAGCCGCCUCACGCUGCAGGCCGAGGCCGAGCUCGCCGCGGCGCUGCAGGACCUGCGCCAGGAGGACGAGGCCGCUGCGCUGUACGAGAGCGCCGCCAGCGGGCUCCGGGCCCUCUUCGGCGAUUUGCACCCGGACGCGCGGCCGGGGCCGGCCGGGUCGCGGGCCUGCGCGCCGCGGCGGGCCAGUGGGAGGACCCCACGGCGCGCGCGUCCCGCAUUGGCGGCGGCUUGAGGGAGAGGCGCUUGGGCGCUCUGCAUCCAGGAGCGUGCUCGACGCCUGGAGCAGCUUGGCGGCGCUGCUGGAGGCGGCCGGGCGGCCCGAGGAG